CACCAUCCAUAUUCCUCAGACCUGCAAGAACUUCAAAAAACACAACAAAAAAAAACUAAAUAAAAAGAAGAAAAGAAAAGCCUUUCAGGUCUCAACAAUGGAGAUGAAGAAGAUUGCUUGUGGUGUGCUUUUCGCUGCUGCCUCCAUGACCUCCGUCAUGGCUGCACAGGAAGCCGGAGCUCCGGCACCAGGACCCUCCGGAAACGCCGCCUCAGCUGCGUUGCCAGCUCUUGGCUCUUUGGUUGGGGCUUCCCUUGUGACCCUCUUCAGCUACUACUUGCACUAAGCUAUCUUUCAUUAUGUAACACACUAAUUAUGUGAUCUUAUUCACUUCCUAUUUCCAUUUCUCUUGUUUAUUAAUAAAACAGAGAAAGUGAUUCAUGAAUAAACAAGCUUUCUCUAAUCUUCUUCAUUUUAUUUUCAAGAACAAAUAACCCUUACAUAAUGUAAAUUAAUCCUUACAUAAUGUCAUCACGUGAAAACUGAUUGUUCACAUUUAUUUACCAAGAACAAAUUAAGAUGUACUGUGCAUUUAACAACAUAUGGAAAGUCAUGAAUUGUUGACUUUUUGCAUAAGCUCCAAAUCAUGUAAAGUGACCCUCGUUGACUUGACUUGUUCUAGCACUUCUUCUGACUCUCUUUCCUUCUUGCAUCCCUUUCAACACAAGACAAUCUUCAUUCUUCAAUCUCAUUUCCCGGGUUUAGAGAUGUUGCGUUUGUUCAGAAAGAAGCAGAAGAAGAAAGAGGAGCAGGAGAUAAAUUUCCAGACGAACGGGGGCUUAUUGUUGGAAGAACUCAUUGCAACUUCAGGAGGUAUAUACAAUCCCAUCCGUACGUUUUCCUCCCACCAAAUCCUUCAAGCCACAAACCACUUUGACUGGAACUAUGUAAUCUCUGAAGACAGAUUCGUGUGGUACAAAGGCAUGAUUGAAAACAGACCCGUACUGAUCAAGAAAUUCCAAGACUGUUCUGUUUUUGAGGCUGACAACUUCUCCCGCGACAUUGCUGUUUCGUCUUUGAUGAGUAGCCAUAAGAAUGUUCUCCAGCUCUUGGGGUGUUGUCUGGAGUUUCCUCGUCCGGUUCUCGUGUGUGAAUACCCACAAAAUGGAGCUCUAAACUGCAUAAGACGCGGAAAGGAAGGACUCCGGCCAUUCCCUUGGAAUGUAAGGUUGCGGAUCGCUAAGGAGGUAGCAGAUGCUGUAGCGUAUCUUCAUACCGAAUUCCCCAGGACUAUAAUCCAUAGAGAUUUAAAGCUUGCAAAUAUUUUCUUGGACAUGACUUGGUCUGCUAAGCUCUCUUCUUUCAGCCUCAGCUUACUUAUUCCAGAGGGAGAAACGGGCGUAGAAGACAUGGUUUGCAGGACAUCAAGCUAUGUCGAACCAGAUUACUUUAAUACAGGUUUGGUCACCGAGAAUGUCGACAUCUAUAGCCUUGGGAUUAUCAUGCUAGUUCUUUUGACAGGAAAGUCUGAAUACAACUCGGAUGUCGCUGUUUAUCUUCCUGUAAAGCCUGACUACGUUGGGAAGUUUCUUGAGCAAGGUCUGUUGACUGAACUGAUAGACCCGUCGAUGUUGGAAAAUGCGAGUGAUGACAUUCCCGAGCGUUCAAGACUGCAAAUGGAAGCGUUCAUUGAGCUUGCUUUUAGAUGUGUAAGAUUCAGACCAGGAGAGAACGUGCCCCGUAUGAUAGACGUUGCAAAAGAACUCAAAAAGAUAGAAAAACAUACCUGACGCCACAAACUUUUCU